AUAUAUAUAUAAAUUCACAAAAAAGUUAUAUUAUUAGGGAAGAGUGUGGUAGUCCCAAAAUUGCAGUGUCCUGCGGAAGGAUAAGAGCCCAUGACAUAACGAGCAAAACUCAAAGCCGGAACCUUGGGUUUCUAACAAUGGCGCUGCCAUUUUAGAGUCUGCAGAACAAAGGUUCCUGGCGAAUAGUAAAGAAGAAACGGACCACUCCACAACUUUCUUUUUCAAUUUCUAAGUUAUUGUUUAUACAGUUCUUGCAUCGUUCAGGCUCUGAUCCGCAAUCUUCAGAGAAAAUUUCAGUUCAGCUAGUUUGAGUCAGGGGCCAAAGAACAAGGGAAGAAAAUGCUUGAUGCUGCUACCAUUGCUGAUGGAAAUCGGAGUGAAAAGAAAAUGGAAGGGGAUGAUGGUUUGAGAACACUGGAGUGCUUAAGAGGGAGGCUGUUAGCAGAGAGGGCAGCUUCGAGAGCUGCCAAGGAAGAGGCAGAGCUCAUGGGCAAUAAGUUAAUACAGCUAGAGAACCAGUUGAAAGAAGAGACUAAAUCCAGGAACAGGGUCCAAAAGAAACUCAAAUCCCUAAUGGCAAAGCUCGAAUCGUUGAAUAUUUCUUACGUUUGGGAGGACUCUGAACGGUGGAUCUCGCCGGAGAACAGUGAAAUCACCUCUGGAUCACCCACAACCUCCUCAAAUCUCAAUGACCCAGAGGAAAAAGAACCCAAAUCCCAUCUCGCAACCUCUCAUGACGUUUCAGAUUCUCCGUGCAAUCCCGUUUCCGACAUCGAUUCCACCGGCGACGACCCAUCAAAGUCCGGCGAGUUUAAACACAAUCAGACCGCCGGCGAUUCAACGACACACGAUAAUCAUAGUUCGUCCAGCUCAAAAUCUUCCGUCGCAGGGGAGGAAAUCAGCGGGAAGAAUGAUCAGAACUGGGAAGAAAACGAAGAAUGCGUGGACAAUUCGUUGGCAUUAGUCCCAGCGAGUCGCGAGGUGGCAUCGCAGAGCCACAGGGAGCUGAAGAUGGUUAAUGGCGGCGUAGGGGAUGUGCUUGCAGCAUUACAGCAUGCCAAAGAGAAGCUGCAGAGCUCAAUGGUGAGAAGACAUCUGGCCGGGGUUGGGUUGCUUAGGGCUUAGAAUUUGGAUAUUACUGUGGUUUUAUUUAAUAAAAUCAUUCUUGAUUAGGAUAGUGAUAAUCUCCCAAAAAGAAAAGCUUGUAAUUUUAUUUUUUAAUUUGGGAAAAGGGGACUCCAAUAAUCUUUUAUAGAUCAUAUGACCCGAAAAUUAUUCUAAAA